AAAAGAAAUCAAACACGCUGUUCUCCUUUCACGAUUCCCACACAUCCCCAAGUUCAUCAUAGCAAAAAAUUUAUACAUCUUCGGUUCAAUCGAUUACUUUUGAUUAUGAACGCUUUUCUGUAAUCUCCCCACAUAAUUUUUCUACCAGAGCUGGACUUCCCCUGCAUCAAAGUAGUUUUGUUUCUAGUUGCUUGUUUGUCACCAUGUCCUUCUUUCGCCGCCGAGGAUCUUCUCAGCAACAGCAAGAACAGGAGCAUCAGGAGCUGCAAUCCGAGUCCAAGGUCAAUGAGCUUAAAGCUGCUCUUGGACCGAUUUCUGGACGCAGCUUACUUUACUGCACUGAUGCGUGCUUGAGAAGAUAUUUGGAAGCUCGGAACUGGAAUGUAGACAAAGCAAAAAAGAUGUUGGAAGAAACACUUGCCUGGAGAUCAACGUAUAAGCCUGAAGAAAUUCGUUGGCAUGAAGUUGCCAUUGAAGGUGAAACUGGGAAACUAUUCAGAGCAAAUUUUCAUGACAGAGUUGGAAGAACUGUUUUGAUAUUGAAACCAGGACUGCAGAACACAACAUCUAUGGACAACCAGAUCAAACAUCUUGUAUACCUGAUGGAAAACGCUAUGCUUAAUCUUCCUGAAGGCCAGGAAGAGAUGGCAUGGUUGAUAGACUUUACCGGGUGGUCGUUUAGUACCAACGUACCAGUUAGAACCGCUAGAGACACCAUCAAUAUACUGCAAGACCAUUAUCCUCAGAGGCUAGCCGUGGCAUUUUUGUACACUCCGCCACGAAUUUUUGAAGCAUUUUGGAAGAUUGUUAAAUAUUUCAUGGAUCCAAAAACGUUCCAAAAGGUGAAGUUUGUGUACCCAAAAAACAAAGAGAGCGUGGAGCUUAUGAGAUCAUAUUUCGAUUUGGAUAACCUCCCAACUGAGUUUGGCGGAAAAGCGACUAUGAAGUAUGACCAUGAAGAUUUUUCGAGAUUAAUGGCCCAGGAUGACGUGAAAGCUGCUAAAUUCUGGGGUUUCGAUGACAAGUCUGCUUCUAUGACCACCAGCUAUGCUGCUGGAGCCGCGGUUGCUCCUGAGCCUGCUUAGCUUAUGAGCUGAUCUAACAGAAUACGAACUAGAAAUUAUUAUAGCAAGCGAACUGGUCUGCUUAGCCUCGUUACAUAGCCUAAAUGCUUACUCGAGAUUGCCAUUAGAUCGAUGAUGGCUCAACCCGUUUGGGGUUGUCCUCCCUGCUGAAUUUGCUUAUGAAUCAUAUCUCUAUUUGAUGAUGACAUUUGAUGGUUAUACUUGUGGAACUUUGCGCCGUCUUUUUUA